GAAGGACGAGUUGGGCAACAAGAGGCCACCAACUAUUUCGUCACUGUGGAGAUGGGUGGUGGACUUUUUAACAGCAGACUUUCAACCAAGGGCGUCUUUCAUUGCUGGACUUGCAUUGGGGUUGCGUGUCGGUUGAAGCGACGUUAGUAGAUUCGUAGAGGGGGGUAUCAUCCAAAUCAGGCAAGAGGAAAAAUAGCUCGCAAUUUGUCUCGGUCUUGUAGUACUUGUUUUCUGCUAUCUCUCCGCGCGGUCGACCGUAUCAUUAUCAGCUAGCCUGUCAUGGGAGGACGUCGAGCAAAGUACAAACAGAAGCCUCCAGCUCCGCUUCCCAAUCCAGAUGAAACUCGCCCUUCGACAAAAAGGCUCGGAAAACGCAAGGCAAAUGUAGAUCAAGAGCCUGAACCAACUACCAACAGCCGUCCUACGAAAAAAGCUAAAGCAGACAAACCUCCAGCCCGAGAGAAGCGGGCGAAGGAUUCAGAGAAGAUAUCAAAGGUUAUAUCUAAGCCUACACCUACCAAAGAAACAAGUAAACCGCUCUCGGAGGAAGGGGAAAGUGAUGGGUGGGAAGACGCUAGCGAUUUAGAAGAUGUUGAUGAGUUCGUGAAUAAUCCGGAUGACUUGGAUAUCGAUGAGGACGACGACCUUUUACGAGGGAUCCCGCAAGAACUGGAUCUUGGCUCAGACGAUGACGAAGAAAUUGAACUGCUCCCCAAAAAAGGCCGGAAAUCUAAGCAGGCUGAACGUCCAACCAAAAUUAUUCCAACAGCCUCAGAUGAUUCAGAAGACUCUGAUGAUGAGGACGACAACGAGGACGGGCCAAUUACUGCCAAGAACAUAGAAUCCCGCUCCCGUGCCCUCGAUGAGAAGGCUGCUCGUGAGGCAGAGCUUGAUAUUGCGGAGAUGCAGAAUGCCACCUUCGAGGGCAGUGACGAGGAUAUCGACAUGGAAGGAGAGGGCGAAGAUGCAGAGGCAUUUCAUUUACCUACGGCUGAAGAGAGAGCAGAGGAGAAGAACCAUGUUGCUGACGUCCAUGUCGUUCAGCGGAGGAUGCGAGAAUGCGUCCGUAUCUUGGGCAAUUUCAGCAAAUUGGGCGCGAAAGGCCGGCUACGAUCAGAAUAUGUAGAGCAGCUCGUCUCUGACAUCGCUAGUUAUUACGGGUAUAAUGAUUUCCUUGCCGAGAAGUUUUUCCAGCUUUUCCCUGUUUCUGAGGCCAUCGAGUUCUUCGAAGCAAAUGAGGUAUCAAGACCAGUGACUAUUAGAACAAAUACGCUCAAAACACGAAGACGAGACCUUGCGCAAUCCCUUAUCAACCGUGGUGUCAACCUCGAGCCGAUAGGCAAAUGGACCAAUGUUGGUCUUCAAGUCUUCGAAAGCAGCGUACCAAUAGGUGCGACACCCGAGUAUCUCUCUGGCCACUAUAUGCUUCAGGCAGCUUCAUCAUUCCUUCCCGUCAUUGCAUUAUCUCCUCAACCGAACGAGCGUGUACUUGAUAUGGCAUCCGCCCCUGGAGGCAAGACCACGCACAUCGCUGCACUCCUAAAAAAUACUGGCAUCGUUUUCGCCAAUGAUGCGAACAAAGCACGGACGAAGAGUCUGACAGCGAAUGUACAUCGUCUAGGGUGCAAAAACGUUGUCGUCUGUUCGUACGAUGGUCGGGAGUUUCCCAAGGUAAUGGGCGGGUUUGACAGAGUCCUUCUGGAUGCGCCAUGUAGCGGCACUGGUGUUAUCAGCAAGGACUCAAGUGUGAAAGUCAACAAGUCUGAACGCGAUUUCCACCUCCUCUCGCACCUCCAGAAGCAGCUUAUCCUCUGCGCCAUUGACAGUGUCUCUCCUGAUUCCAAAACGGGGGGAUUUCUGGUCUACUCCACGUGUUCCGUCACCGUUGAUGAGAACGAGGCUGUUGUCGAUUAUGCGCUGCGAAAGCGCCCGAACGUGAAACUUGUGGACACUGGUCUUGGCUUUGGCAGGGAUGGUUUUACGAAGUAUCGCGGAAAAACUUUCCACCCGAGCGUGAAGCUGACGCGGAGGUUUUACCCCCACGUGCACAACAUGGAUGGGUUCUAUGUUGCAAAGUUCAAGGUGGAAAAACGGGCCAAGGUCAAAGCUGGUACGCAGGAAGACGAACUGGCCGAUGUGAAGGAUGUAGAUGAACAGCAAGAAGAUGUCGGGUUUGAUUCAGAGGAGGACAAGGCGUUCAUUCAAGAGGGAAAACGUAUACAGUUGAAGGCCAAGGGUUUGCGCGUACCUCGCAGACGGCAGUCAGAUAUUGCGGGCAAGGUGGUGAAAGCAGCCGCGUGAUAUACGUCAGCCGUUCCGCGUCCUGCCUGUUGAUUUUCAUUCCAAAAGCCCUACACGGCCUGCCGUUACGGUAGGACCCAUAAUAUAUCACUCAGAUAUCAUUUGUGCACGAUAAGACAUUC